UAUUUGGACAUGCACUGUAUUUUAAACCGGUUCAACCAGACGGGAUCCACUUCCACCUCUGGCUCUGCUCUCCAUCGGCGCCGCCUAUGAGAACCACCGCAGGUGCGAUUGUCACAGCACUCUCGAUAGCUGUAGUUGUUUCUUACUUCCUCUGCAAGCACACUGAAAAGAAGUCUUCUAGACGCAGACAAACCAAUUCACUGAAAAAGUCCAGAAAUGGGCUCGUUGCCGCCAUUGGCAACACCCCUUUGAUUAGAAUCAAUAGCCUUUCCGAAGCCACUGGCUGUGAGAUUCUCGGGAAAGCAGAGUUCUUGAAUCCAGGCGGGAGUGUUAAAGACAGGGUAGCUGUGAAAAUUAUUGAGGAGGCUUUGGAAUCAGGAGCACUAGCUGAAGGCGGCAUAGUUACAGAGGGCAGUGCUGGAAGCACAGCCAUAAGUCUUGCAACAGUAGCUCCCGCAUUUGGGUGUACAUGCCAUGUGGUUAUCCCCGAUGAUGCUGCUAUUGAGAAGUCUCAAAUCCUGGAAGCACUUGGGGCUACGGUUGAAAGGGUCCGGCCAGUUUCAAUAACUCACAAAGACCAUUUUGUUAAUAUUGCAAGAAGAAGGGCACUGGAGGCAAACGAAAUAGCUUUAAUUAGAAAAAGCAAAGCAGAUCAAAAUGGUGCCAAGGGGGUUAAACAAAUCAAUGGUCAUACAAUCAGUGAGGAAAAACAAAGUUCAACAUUCUCACUUGACUGCAAGGGUGGAUUUUUUGCAGAUCAAUUUGAAAACCUCGCAAAUUUUAGGGCCCACUAUGAGGGUACUGGGCCAGAGAUAUGGGAGCAAACAGGUGGGGAACUGGAUGCUUUUGUUGCAGCAGCAGGCACCGGUGGCACUGUUGCUGGCGUUUCGUGUUUUUUGAAGGAAAAAAACUCAAACAUCAAGUGCUUUCUUGUUGACCCCCCUGGUUCGGGUUUAUUUAACAAGGUAAUAAGAGGAGUCAUGUACACGAGAGAGGAAGCUGAAGGACGGAGGUUGAAGAACCCUUUCGACACUAUUACUGAAGGGAUUGGAAUCAAUCGACUGACAGAAAAUUUUAAGCUGGCAAAUCUUGAUGGGGCUUUCCGAGGCACAGACAUGGAAGCUGUUGAAAUGUCUAGGUAUCUGUUGAAGAAUGAUGGGCUGUUUGUUGGAAGUUCAUCAGCCAUGAAUUGUGUUGGAGCUGUUAGAGUGGCACGAGCAUUAGGGCCUGGCCACACUAUCGUGACGAUCUUGUGUGAUAGUGGCAUGAGGCAUCUAAGUAAGUUUUUCAAUUCUGAGUACUUGUCUCAACAUGGCUUGAGUCCUUCAGCAACUGGAUUGGAGUUUCUUGGCUUUAGUUGAAGUUCGCUUAUUACACAUUCUUUGUUUUUGUUUUUAUUUCUAUUUUUUGCACCUAAUAUAAUCACUAAAAACCGGUCUGUGACACAAAUACUAAUGCAGUAGAUCACACAAGAAACAUGUUUAGUGCUUGUACAUGAUAUGUUGUUCUUACCAGGUUUUCUUUUUUCUUUAUGUCAAUUACAUUUGAUGAUUCGA